AGUCGCAACAACCAACACAUAACAUCAAUUUUUACUUGAACAUUAUCAUAAAAUGGAAGUAGCCGCGCAGUACGUAUGUAAUAAUGUCAUGAAAAGCAAUGUAUCACUUGUAAUCGACAAAUUUGCCAAAGAACUAAAAGAUAUAUCUGGAAAAUGUAUGGAUGUUGGUUGUGGACCUGGAGAUGUAACAAAGAAUAUUCUUCUUGCGGCUCUUAAUCCAAAAGCAACAAUGAUCGGCACAGAUAUUAUGACAAAUAUGAUCGGAUACGCAAAUAAAAUGUACGGUGACGAAGAACGACUCAAAUUCGAAGUGUUGGAUAUUCAAAGGAAAAAUUUGCCCGAGAAAUAUAUUUCAAAAUUUGAUCACAUAUUCUCAUUUCACACUUUGCAUUGGUGCCAUAACAUUCGCCAAGCAUAUGAGAAUAUUUAUCGUAUGCUUCAACCUGGUAAAUCUAUGCUUAUAUCAACCGUAACGCAUUGCCCAGGCUUGUUUGAAGCUGUGGAGAUUAUGGCACAAGAUGCGCGAUUUUCACCGUAUAUGGAGAAUAAACAGAAGUAUGUUGGGUCACUUCAUUAUUCGACCCGACCUCACGAAGAGUUAAAGGAAAUACUUGAAGAUAUCGGAUUUCAAGUUCACUAUAUCAGUCAUCAAGAUAUGUACUGUAGGAAUACAGAAAAGUUUCUAUCCAUGGUUACAUCACAGUAUACUUAUGAAUUUUUGGAUAAAAUGCCGCAUAAUAUAAGAGAAGAAUUUAAGAAUGAGUUAAGAUAUAAAUUUACGAAAAAAAAUAUCAAAAACUAUAAAGAAAGUCAAGAUAAUUUUAAGUUAUAUAAUGAAAAGGAUGAGGCGGAUAUUCCUGCUUUAUAUUCUGUACUGAUAGUUUAUGCACAAAAAAAGUUUCAUAGUGGUAUAGAUAUCUCUUCAUGA